AUGAGCAAGGCGAAGCUGAAGUUUAGCGUAGAAGGGAAAACGGUGGUCUACGAUGGACGGCCAGAGACCCGCGCGAAGGAUUUGCUUGAGAUCCUCGUCAAGAUGAAAGUCAACUCCGCUGUCGCGGUCAAGGCAUUCCGUGAAAACAUUGAGGAUGCCGCGAGAUACACCGACGAAGACAUUCAGCAGCUGUUUGGCGACGCCCAACAGGCCUAUGAGGAGAAGAAGAGGCGCAAGAUGAGCAUCCCCGCCAAGGAAGAGAAGCUGAGGGAGAAACUGGAGAAGAUAACGCUGUACUUCAAAGGAAAGCAGUUCUCAUACAUGGGUCUGCCAAGCACCAAAGAGUACGCUGUGAUUGAGCUGCUUAUAAAGCAGAAUGCGGCACGAGAGUUGGUGAUAGAGACGUUUCGCAAGAAUCUGCCGGAGUCUUCUGCCAGUGACGAAGAUAUUUUUUCGAUGUUCACAGAGGCGGUAGCGGCAAAGAACCUGCGAAAGAGUGGCACAAAGAAAGAUACCGCCGCGGAGAGGACCGCGGAGUCUUCGACACUGUCAGCCGAGCUACCACCGCAGGAACAGGAACAAGAACAGCAGCAGCAGCAGCAGCAGCAGCAGCAGCACGGAGUGAGGGUCUCUUCCACCGCUGGGGUGGGUGCGAUUGACGAAAUUACGGGCAUGUCCGUGGAGGAGCGUGACACCAUCAGCAACUUCAUUAAGCAGGUGCUUGAACAGCCUGAAAUGGAUCUCACGGCGCAUAUGCGCGAGGAAAUGACGACGCUUGCCACACCGGUCACGAUAGCACGAAACCCUAGCGAUGGCGCCGAAGAUGACUCAUUACUUCUGACGACGCGCACAACACGGGGGAAGUUGGCCGUCUACUGCCAAGAGGAGAAGAGUACAGCAAACAAGGUUCUUUACAUUUCCCCUAACACAACAUAUGAGGAGUUUUGUACGAUGCUGGAAAAGAAGUUUGGACGUAAGAUGGCCACGUCGUUCUACGAAGGGGAAGAUUUGAUUGACAUGGACGACGAUGAUGUGUUUUGCAUGUUCCUUGAGAUGAGCCAGAGCCAAGCGCAGGAGGGCAAACGCAUGAAACUCAUCUGUGUUCCACCAGAGACGCGGAAGAGAGCGUCAGACGACAAACUGACAGACAUGAAGGCCGGUGAUGUAUUCAAGAUCAAGGCGUUUUCCUCUGGCAAGCUGGAGGUCUGCGAGGAAAAGUCCUACACGGGGCACACCUCUGCUGUUUACUGCUGCUCCUUCUCCUCAAAAGGGGAUCGAUUUUGUACCGCCAGCCGUGACCGCUCAGUGCGUCUGUGGAACACUCUGACGGGGUGCUCGUCCGUUAUGAAGGGAGGUCACAAUGGAUUUGUGCUUUCGUGUGAUUUUUCACCGCGUGGAAACCGCAUCGUUUCCUCUUCUGAUGACCGCACGAUCAAGGUGUGGAACACGGCUACCAGCGCCAAGGUGUACACUCUCAAGGGGCACGACGACAAGGUCUACUGUGUGCAGUACAACUCCACAGGCGACUACAUCGUCUCUGCGUCUUGUGACCAUACGGUGAGAAUUUGGAACGCCGACUCUGGUGCCAAGAUGGCAACGCUGCGGAGCCACACCCUCGCUGUCUUUUCGUGCUGCUUCAGCAACACCGACUGUGGCAGAUAUGUUGUCUCUGGCGGAGACGACCGCCUGAUAAAGGUAUGGAACUGGGCCAAGGAUGAUGAGUACUGUUCCAUGACCGGCCACACAGACACCGUUUGGUCCUGCAAGUUUUCACACAACGACACCCGCAUUGUUACCGCUUCGAUGAACCAUGAACUGCGGGUGUGGGACUGGAAAAGCAAGAGCUGCAUUCUCUUCUGGACGGGCCAUCAGGUGCCCAUUCAUCAGGCCAUCUUCUCCACCAACGACAAGUACAUCUACUCCUGCGCCAGGGACUGGACCGUCAUGGUGUGGGAUGCCGUGACGGGAGAGCACUUGGAGACAAUUACGGGGCACCACAGCACUGUCUAUCACAUGGACGUUGCACGGAACAAAUUGCUUACCUCCUCUCUGGACGACACACUCAAGCUGUGGACUAUCAAUGAGAAAGAGUGA